UGGCCCUCAUCUUAAUUUCAUGUCUCAGUCUAUCUAAAUCACUCCGUGGCCUUUGAACAGCAUAUUUUAUUCAAACAAAGGCAUCAGAACGUCGCUGGGUUUCUUCUAUCACUCGUCAUAAGAUGUCUCAGCCUCGGAUUUUAUUUCCUACCGACCCACAAAUUCUGCAGAAUGGCAGUGAUACGGGGCGUUUUUCGCCUCAGACACUGCAACGAAUGUCACUUUUAGGUCACGGUCCGUGGUCUGAGUCCGCCAUGACGGACCUCCUCGAUGCAAGCGAUCUUCACCACGACAAGAGCCUCGUCGAUCCAACCAUGGACCAGUCAUCCAUACUCUUCCCUUCCACUGAUAUUUAUCAGUACGACUCGUCCAGUUCCACCUCCUCCACCUCUUCCACACCUUCUGACGAGUCUCACAUCGUUAUACCGCGCUCUCGACGAGUCCGUGGGCAAAAUUCCAACUCAUCAUCUCCCACACUAUUGUCUGUCAAGGCCAGGUACCAUUCCAGUCCUCGCACUUACCAAGCGGAUAAAAAGAGUGUUCAAUCACCGGAGCUCAGUGAUGCAUCUGAUGUUGACACGGUGCGGUUGACCCAGGCACCAUUUGACAAUGCCGCGAGUGUAAAGCCCAUCCCGUCUAGGGCACAGGCUCGUCAAUUUUCUUCGGAAAUGCGCUCCAGCUCUCUUCCCCAAUUUAACUCACACGUCAAGUCUCAGCCCGGCUCCCCACAGAUGCGAUCUAUUCGAAAUAAGUCUGGCCAGCCUAUCAAGCCAUCGCUCAAGCACGCGAAGCUUCCCAGCCUGACCAUUCCCACGGGCGGUGGCGUCGUGCAGAGUGAACCCACGACGCCUACUCUUUCAAAGGCGGUACACUUCGACGCCAACCUUGAGCAUGUCAAAUUGUUUCUCUCGAAGCAAAAGCCUCUUGCAGUGUCGCGAGAUCGUGACCCGGCCACUGAUACCAGUGGUACUGAGAGUGAUUUCCCCUCAUUCGUCCGCGGCUCACCGGACGACUCCACAGAGAAACAGAUCGAGCUUCAGAUUCGCAAUAUGCCGUCCAUCCCGCCAAAAAAUGCGGACGUGAUCAUACAAGCACUCACUUUAUCCCAAAGCGAUAAGUCCAUCACCGGACGAGUCCGAGUGCGCAAUAUUGCGUACGAAAAAUGGGUUGCUGCCCGGUUCACCUUGGAUUUGUGGCAGACGACGAGUGAAGUUACUGCCCACUAUGUGGAAUCUGUGGACGAUGGCAUGUUUGACAUCUUCACAUUCACGAUAAGGUUGCAUGAUAUGUGGUCGCGUAUUGAGGAGAAGACGAUGUUUAUUGCCUUGCGGUAUACUACCGCAGGUAGGCAGUUCUGGGACAACAACAACGGUGCCAACUACAUGCUUAAAUUCGUCGGGAAGCUUGUGACGCGGAAGGUACCCGCUACCGCAGGGUUUCUCAUGGAGGGUUCGGAUCCUGGAGUCGAGUCGGCAAGAGUGGAUAGGGAUCCUUCUCAGGCGUCUCCCUUACCGCGCUCUUCCGCGGCAUUGAGGGCAGAAACGCCUCUGUCAGCGAGGUAUAAUUUAGGCUCUGCGCUCAACGUAGCUCAAGAUGAGGGUCUUCCUGCCCUGUCUUCCCCAGCUGUGCGGAUCCCCACGUACCCUACAGAACUCUCCAGUGCUUGGUCGAAGCACACUCCUUAUCGCGUCGAUAGGAUACCGCAACGCCAUGCUCGAUCCGUUACUAUAGGGUCAUCUAGGGAUCUGGAGAAGCACGAGCAGGCGCACAUUCCGCAGUCGGAUUCUCUAAACCUCGAUCCCCCUUCUUCAACACCCCAGUCACGCGCAGCACGCGAACGCAACCAUCGUCGUGGCUAUUUCGACAGAUCAAUGGGUGGUACACCGCGUAAAACCCCUCCAGGUCCUGCUCUUCUGAGUCCGUUUGAGGAUCGGACCCCUACUCGCAGCAGUGAUUCCGCGCAAGGACAGCCAUCCUUCUUUAGCAGGUUUACUGCUCAAAAUAUGACUCGGAUGAAUAGCGCGAGCUCCACUGACUCGAGUUCCCUAACUACUCCGCUUACGUCUUCGGGGCCCAACACACCCACUUCUUCCGACGACAAGCCCUCUCUUAAUGAUAGCUAUAGCCAAUUUCUUAACCGAUUCUGCUUCUUCACUGGCUCCGGCUCACUGACCGACCAUUCCUCUGAUUUAAUCACCCGUUCGCAUUCCGCAUCCGAUGUAGAAGCGUUAUUGGGCUCUUCUCACGAUUUGUCCCUUCCCUUGCGCGAUUCUGCUUUCAAUGGCCCCCGCUCUUGUAGCUUGAAUAGCGUCUCCACUUGUCAAAGUGGCUCAACUACUCCACGCGGGAAUCCAAUGCUCGAUUGCCCCACGCCAGUGGUCCACUAAUUUAUAAUCUACCUAGACUAACGGCACUGGUUUUCACGCUGCAGUUCAUGACAUGCUUACCAUCCACGACCCGACAUAUGAUGAAACGGACUUGAGUUAUCUUGUAGUGGUCAUAU